GGGACUGGUGGUGACAGUGAAGCCACGGAAUUGGCAGAGUCUUUACAACUUGCACUUAACUGUUGUGGAAUUCAGACCCCAAGGCUCCUUCGGAGCGGUGUGCUCUGAAGAGAAGUAUUUUAAUCAGGAGCCAGGAAUAUUUGACAGCAUUUUCUUUGUUUCCAAUUACAGCGUUAAAGAAAACCGUCCCGCAACUAAAAUAAAAAAACUGCCUAAAAUAAAGAUUAUUGUAAGUACCAAAGAAGGAGCCUGAGAAAGAGCAAGCAAGCCUCAUGGAGGACAGUACCAGGAUGGAGAAAGAGGACUCAAGUGAAAGCCAUAUGUCAGCAUACCGACAGAGACGGUGCAUCCCCAGGGUGCUAACCUACAUCACUGGGGAUAUGAGAGAGCUUGCCAACUGGCUGAAAGACAAACCCCUGCUGCUCCAGUUCGUCGACUGGAUUCUUCGGGGCAUAUCCCAAGUGGUCCUCAUCAACAACCCCAUCAGUGGAAUCCUGAUUCUGGUGGGGUUCCUGGUGCAAAGCCCUUGGUUGGCCCUCACUGGCUGUGUGGGAACGGUGGUGUCCACCCUGACGGCCCUCUUGCUCAGUCAGGACAGGGCGGCCAUAGCGGCGGGGCUCCAUGGCUACAACGGCACGCUGGUGGGGAUCCUCAUAGCUGUCUUCUCACUCAAGGGAAAUUAUUUCUGGUUGCUGUUAAUCCCUGUGACUCUGAUGUCUAUGACAUGCCCAAUUUUCUCAAGUGCGUUGGGCUCCGUGCUCAGCAAAUGGGACCUGCCCGUCCUCACCCUGCCCUUCAACAUGGCACUGUCCAUGUACCUGUUGGCCACAGGACAUUACAACCCCUUCUUCCCGACCAAGCUGUUCACACCUGAGAGCUCCGCUCCCAAUGUCACCUGGUCUGAGCUCAGCGCCCUGUCGCUGUUGAAAGCUGUGCCUGUGGGGAUCAGCCAGAUCUAUGGCUGUAACAGCGCAUGGACCGGAGGCAUCUUCGUGUGCGCCAUCUUCCUGUCCUCCCCACUCAUAUGCCUGCAUGCAGUCAUUGGCUCGCUGCUGGGGAUAGUAGCAGGACUCAGCCUCUCGGCUCCAUUUGAUGACAUCUAUGAUGGCCUCUGUGGGUUCAACAGUGCCCUGUCCUGCAUUGCAAUCGGAGGCAUGUUCAUGGCACUCACCUGGCAGACCCACCUCCUGGCUCUUGCCUGCGCCCUGUUCACUGCCUACUUUUCAAUCAGCAUGUCCCAUAUGAUGGCUGUGUUUGGUCUGCCAGCCUGUACCUGGCCCUUCUGCUUGGCCGCGCUCCUGUUCCUCUUGAUCACCACGGGAAACCGCAACAUCUACAAGAUGCCACUGAGUAAAGUCACCUACACAGAAGAAAACCGAAUCUUCUAUCAGCAAGCUAAGAAAAGGAUGGUGGAAAGCCCUUUGUGAGAACAAGGUCAAUGUUCACCACGGCCAAGAUCACAAGGCAUAUCUGACUCCCUGCCUGGCAAACUGUCUUUUUCAUUACUAGUAACUUUCAUACUAACUGUUCGGCAAUCUGUUCUUAAGAUAUUUUGGUUUUUCAUUUUAGACUCCAUGAACAUCUUCAGAUAUGGGAGCACUCUAGCCCAUGGGUGUGCUCUGGCUGGGGAAUUUAAAACUCUAAUGGGUCCUUGGCACUAGGACUGUCACAUGCUUAUGAGUCGUGGUGCUCCAACAAAAAGACGGGAGACUGGAGCUAGAUAUUGAUUUAUUUUUAUGGGUUCAUUAUAUUUGAUUGCUUAGAUGACGCUAACAGUAUUAAACAUUAAGCUCUAUGAACCAACUGAGCCUCAGGUGAAUGGAACUCACAGUCACAAAAUCAAGGUCAACCUGGUAUUCUCAGCUAAGCAGGCUGGCUUGUUAAAAUCAAUAUAAGUUACACAUUGGAGCCAUGGUUAGCAUUGGGGAUGGGGGUGGGGAGACAGGAGUGGGGCAGAUUGUUCACGGAGCUUAUUCCUGUCUUCCUCAGUCUUGAUGUUUGGGGAUGGGAGAUGUUGAGGGUUUGUUUUUUCAGGCUGAUGAAGCUGCAGGAGAGACAAAGAGAUUUAAUUAGUACAAUUUUUCUGUUUUGUCACUUUCCUUAGAAAGCUGAAAAGGUUUUUUUUUAACUGUAUUUUUUCUUUCUUAGAGUAGCUUUGUUUUUCAGUGAGAUAAAAUAAGAGAAGUUCUUGGCUUACUCAGUUUCUUGAUAUUUAAGAACGUUUCUGUUUUUAUAAAAUACCAUAGUUAGAUUUGUGUUAGUCCCUAAACUGAUUUUUUAAUGCCACCAAUGCAUUAAAAUCAAGUCAUCCACAUCCAAGGAGCCCUUACAAUCACAUUUUCUAUUCAUCUGAGGUAUGAUGUGUUAUAAAGACUGAAAGUGAAGGCCAACGCUCCUCCAGAAGUUUUGAAGCUGUUGAAAAUCUUUACUUUUCUACUGAAAAAACAAAAUCAUUCUUGUCCACAUAUUUACCAGACUCUUGCUCAGGAGCCAAGAGUAUCUGAAUAACCAAAGAAAUCCAAGUAAGUAAAAUAUUGUGCUGUUUUGCCAACUAAACAUUACCCAUUCUAUAAAGAUCCAGUAACCCGAUAGGCUGAAAAUGGUGGUGGAAAGUAUGUUUAUCACCUUCCACCUGAAUUUGUAUCAACUCUGCAUUUUGGAGGAUGAGAAAUUGUGACAGUCUGGAAUCCUCAAGGUUUUCCUGAGCUUGCGAUGCUCAGUGCAAAAUGCAGUGUGCUGGACGAAACAAUGACAAGAAAGGAGAAGUCACCUUACUGAUAUGUGAAGGAGAAAUUCACUUCUUUUUCUCAGGAAAACACUGUUUCCAUCAUAAAACCCUGUCACCAAAGAAUCUUCGAAACCAUGAAUCUGAAGCAGUCAUAAAGUUAUGUAUAUUUCUGUGGGGAAAGUCAAUUUUCAAUGUUUGAACUGAAUUUAUUCAGAAGGGAAUUUAUGAAAUGAAAGAUGAGGGAACAGAUGUGGAUAAAGAAGCAGCAUCAGUUAAGACAACCAGCAGGGACACCAAGGGUCCAUGUAUUGGAUGUAACAUUCAGCUCAUGUGCUAAGUACAUGCUUCUUCCCUGUGUGCUCUCAGACUUGUAAAUAGGAAUAUUGAAAGUCUUAUAUAUUUGCUACUUUAAAUGGCCUUUAUUUUCCCAAGCUAUUUUUGUUAUUGAGUAUUGUUCUAAAAUUAAGUAUUUUAUUCAUUUUUUGAGAGAACCCUUGAAUUCUUUCAUAUUUUUCAUUUAACCAAUUUCUAUGCAAGAGUGUUAAUAAAUAAUACAGCUCAG